GAGUCCUGCCUAGUUGGCCAUAUUGGAACUUGAAGUCUUGCUAGCAACUCUGGGUAGAUCGGGUUAGGCUUUUCAUAUUUUCUUCUAGAAAAAAAAUAUAAAUAUAUAUCUAAAUAUAUAUUGUAUCACAGGAUUAAAAGCCUGACGUCCCAGCUAAGACGCAGCCUGUUGUGGACGGAAAAAGCUGUCUCUGUGUUUUAUUGUGUGGCUGAAAAAAAAUAAUGAGUCCUACCGACGCGAAGCGAGGAGCGAAGCGCAGGAAGAACAAGCGGGGCGGCGGGAGCAGCGCGGCAGGAAAGUCCGAGGCUUCAGCCGCGGCCCGGGCUGCUCAGUCCGCCGCAACAGCCGCCUCUGGCAGGAGCUUUCUAACCACGGGGAGCGCUGGAAAUGGAGACUCGGGGCUCAAUGGAGAGGUCGCGGGGAAUGGUACGCCCCAGUUUUCCGAAGGCCCUGUGAACUCAGACUUUUCCGGAGUCCUUCAGACCCCGUUCACGUUCGGCCUGAACCAGAGGGCGCCCUACACCACGGGUGAUCGCUGCUUGCUCUGUCGCAGCGAACGCAAAGACACUGUUUCACAGGACUCGGGUCAGAACGGCACGGGCCAGUCGCCCAAAUCCUCCAGCGCCCUCCAGCUGCCCCUCUACGUCUGCCCCGACUGCAAACGCACUGUAGAGAAGGACGAGCGGCAGCCGCCCUCCGACCAGACCUCGAUGAGUCAGGACUUUUUGUUACGCAUGCCUGUGGGUAAUGGUGGAUUAAGCCAGGACGCAGCGGGCCCCAAUGCUAGGCUAAUCGUCGGCGCUCCCACUUUACCCACGCCGGACCUCGGCACGCCGCUCUCCACAGACACCGUGUGCGGCUGUGAGGCGUGCAGCGAGAGGAGGGAGAUCACGGCGGAGUCAGAGCGAGAGUCUCAGCAGCUGCAGAAUCACUGGUCCGAGGUGCGCUACCUGGUGCGCUGCAUCUACCGCCAGACCGGCACGCCGCUGGCCGACGACCAGGACCAGCCUCUAAACCGGGACAAGGAGAGCAUGAAGGAGCUGGUGGACAGGCUGUGUGAGAAGGACCCGUACCAGCUGUACCAGCGGCUGGAGCAGCAGGCCAGGGAAUACGUGCUGGAGAUGAAGGUUCGGCUCCUGAAGCACCUGUCAGCGGGACCCGAGGGCCCAGGGGCCACUCACGGCCCUCCACAGGCGCAUCAGUUCAUCUCGCUGCUCCUGGAGGAGUACAGCGCCCUCUGCCAGGCAGCCAGGACCAUCAGCAGCUUCCUGCUCACACUGGAGAACGAGCAUCUUAAGAAGUUCCAGGUGACGUGGGAGCUCCACAACAAGCACCUGUUUGAGAGCUUGGUGUUCUCCGAGCCCAUCCUGCACAGCAGCCUGCCGGCUCUCGUCGCCCAGCUCAAGCAGGGCACAGCGUCCCACGAUUCGUACAGCGAGGACAUGUACAAGGCGCUGCUGGACAGUCUACACGCCCUCGAGCAGGAGAUGAAGGCCGUAGCAGUGGAGUGGAUGGAGUGCAGAAAGAGGAUAGAUGACUACGUGGACGAGCAGUUGCUUUUCAAAGUGGAAGGGCAGAACCUCACAAAUCAGCGCACCGAGCCACACAAGUCUCUAAUCAGUAAAAAUAUGUCUUUAAGAACUAAGCAGCGGAUGCUUAAAGAAGACGGCGAGAUCUUCAAACAGAGAAGGUUCUUUGAGGAGCAGUUCCUACAGAAUAGUAAGAAGUCUCUAGCAGGAGACAGCACCUUCACAGACACGGUCAAGCAGAUGCUGUCGUCUCGGCUCAGCAUUCCAGACUGUCCCAACUGCAACUAUCGGAGAAGGUGCACGUGUGACGAUUGCAGCCUCUCUCACAUCCUCACAUGCGGCAUCAUGGACGCCCCCGUGGGGGAGGAGCUUCACCUGAAGCUGCCACUGCAGGCGGAGCCUCCUCGAGACUACCUGUCCGAGGUUCAUCCUCCAAGCAUGUCUUCAGGAAGCUCCGGCUCUGGCUCCGGAUCCGGCUCCGCCUCCAGUUCCCCAAUCACCGUCCAGCAGCACCCGCGCCUCCUCCUCCCCCAAGACGGAGCACCCACAUUCGGCAGCGAUGAUGAUGAUGAUGAAGUGCCUGCGCUGCCAUCCAUCUACCCCCUGAGCAGGUACGAGGACGCCGGAGUGGUGGCGAGCAUGAACGGCCUGCACGCUCAGCUCAACGGAGGAGGAGGAGAGAACACGGUGCUCAAACAUGAGUCUCCGCGAGGGAGCAGCAGCAGUUCCUCUGAGGGAGAUGAGGAGGAAGUGGAGGGUGAGAGCAGCACUCAGCCUGCAGGACAGCAGGGGGAGCUCUCCUGUGGGAAGAGAGACAGUCCUCCUCCUUCCUACACACAUACACAGGUGGAGCAGGUGCAGCACCCGUGCGAGUGUCACGUGUGUAACCAGGGCAGCGCGGACGGCGGAACAGCAGGACUGGGCACCGCCGCUCUGCCUCCUCGGCACCUGCACACGGCACCCCAUCAGUUCUUUACAGACAAGAGUCCAGCUCACCCUGCGCUCCACCUCUACCCCCACAUCCACGGCCACCUGCCCAUGCACAACCUGCCCCAUCUGCCCCGGCCGCUGCUGCCCACACUGUACUCCAGCCCUCCUCUCACACACAGCAAGACUCUCCCGCCAGCGCCAGUAUCCAAUCACACAGGAGUAAAGCAGCAGCAGCAGCAGGUGUUCAACCCGGCUCUGCCUGAACACGUGUACCAGAGCUGCUUCAGCGGUGGAGCCGGAGACUGGAGCGCUUCUCUGUCUUGUCCCUCACUCAAGUUCGAGAACCUGUGGGACACACACAUGAUGAAGAACUGGAACCCGAGCGUACUACUGCAGGAGCCGCUACCUGGAUUAGACUCCGCCUCCCCCGUGUCUAGCUCCUCAUCCCUCCCGGCUCCUGAGGGCAAGGAGAAGAAGAGCGUCCCUCAGAAGAAGAAGUGUCUGUUCAACUACCAAGAUGCCUUCAUGGAGGCGGGUGAGGUGGUGAUGGCUACGUCAUCGGCCAUCUCCUCGGUCUCCAGCACCGCCACCACUGUCCAGUCCAGUAACAAUCACAUCCACGCUUCAGCUAAAAGAGCCGCUGCACUAGGUGAAGUAUUCCACAGUAUAGUUAAAGAGGACCAUAUACAGUCCGGCCCCAUCGCUCCUAGAAACAGCCCCACCGGUUUGACGUCUCUGCCCCCCUUCAGCAGUGCCGCCCACCCCCCUGUCCCCAGCACACAUCUCCCCAGCAUGGCCACUCAGCCCUUAACAAAGACUGCAGCUCCAGCUCCAGGUUUCCUAGAAGCCCACCAGACGCUGUGUGUGCCCGGUGUGGAGCAGCCGCCCGUCCCGGCUGAGGGGCCAGUCAGCGGGCCCAGCAGUGUGUGCAGUGAUCCAGACUGCGAGGGUCACCGGUGUGAGGGAGGCGGAGCCUACGAGCACCAGGGCUACGAAGAGAGUCCGGACGAAGACAGCAGCUCCGAGCACAGCUCCUCCACCUCCACCUCCACCAACCAGAAGGAAGGAAAAUACUGCGACUGCUGCUACUGUGAAUUCUUUGGCCAUGGAGGGCCCCCCGCAGCUCCCACUAGUAGAAACUAUGCCGAGAUGCGGGAGAAGCUCCGGCUGCGUCUCACCAAGCGUAAAGAGGAACAGCCCAAGAAGGAAGAGCUGGAGCGAGAUGGGAUGGAGGACCACCGCAAAGUGGAGGAUCUACUGCAGUUCAUCAACAGUGGCGGCAGCAAACCUGCCUCCAGCGCCAAAGCAGCCAAACGCGCCCGCCACAAACAGAAGAAGCUAGAGGAGAAAGCCCGUCUGGAGGCGGAGGCACGAGAGCGGGAGGUGCAGCAGCAGCAGCUUUUGGAGGCACAGCGGAGGCGCCAGGAGGAGGAGGAGGAAGCGCUUAAGCAGGAGCUACUCCGUCUGAAGGAGAUGCAGCAGCUCCACAACUCCUCCACCACCACCAACACAUCCACCUCCAAGAAGAAAAAGAGGGAAAACAAGGCCAAAGAAGCUCCGACAGUAACAGUCAAGCCGGAAACACCGUCUUCAUCACCCGCUCCCACUAACAACCCCCAGCCACUACGCCAGAGUGCACAGAACGUUCUGGAAAACAUGCAGAACGGCAAAACACAGCUGCUACACGGCCUUGUCCGCCUCAAAGAGCCCGUUAAAGAGCCCGUUAAAGAGCCGGUUAAGGAGCCCGUUAAAGAGCCCGUUAAAGAGCCAGUUAAGGAGCCCGUUAAAGAGCCCCUUAAAGAGCUCAUACCUCUACCCCAAGCUAAAAUUGGCCCAUCAAGCCCAAGACGUGGCAAAGAAAAACCUGCUGAAGUCCCGCCCUCUCUGCCCAACGGCACUCUUCCGCACUCAGAACCCACCACCGCCAGGUCCAAAUCCAAACAACAGCCCAACAGCAGCUCCAGAACAAACGGCGAGGUGGGAAAACGGCCGCUCGACACGCCUCGAGCAACAGAACCCACCUCCAAAUCAGUCCCAAUGCACACAGAAAGUAAGGUCAAGGCCAGGCCGGCCGAGGCACAGCUCACUGAAACCAAGAAGGAGGAGAGGACGAACGGGAAGAAGCAGCAGAACGGAGUGAAGGAGGAGAGGAACUCGCCCGUGAUGGAGACUCCAGCCGUCGAGCAGAACGGGAAAGCCGUGCCAGCGGAGUCUCCUCAACCCAAAAGCAAGGCCAAGAAGAACAAGAAGAAGAAGGCAGACAAGAUGAAUAACUCCAUAGAUGACGUGUUCCUGCCCAAGGACAUCGACCUGGACAGCGUCGAUAUGGACGAGACCGAGCGUGAGGUGGAAUGCUUUAAAAGGUUCUGCUUAGACUCUGCUAGACAGACAAGACAGAGGCUGUCCAUCAACUGGUCCAACUUCAGCUUGAAAAAGGCCACUUUUGCGUUUCACUAACGAGAGGACGAGACGAGAUCCUCCUUCAGAGAGUGUCAGGAUUCAAUCAGCGAUCCUCUCUCUCUCUCCUUCUCUCUCUCUCCUCUCCCUCUCUCUCCUCUCACCAGGCUGACUGCUGAUCCCAGUGCUGCUACGCUCCAACCAACUGCUCCUCCGACCUACAUUACCCACAAUGCCUUGCCUUGUCCUUGUCGCUGUAUGGUUCCUCAAAAGAAUCCAGACACUCAGCUUUGCAGUACUUAGGGAGGAGGAGGGAAAAAAAAAGGACAGACAGGAAAAGAAAAAAAAAAACAACCACAAAAUGCCACUCUACCGUUCAUGUUUUCUUCUGUUUCGAAUAUCUCCGAGGUGGCCGUUGCUCCUCCUAUCAAAAUCCUUGAUGUGAGUUUGGAUGGAGGCCAUGUGAAACAUCCAAACAAGAAAAAAAAUUCUGAAGUUGUUAAGAAGUGAAAAAAAGAGCCUUUUAUUCCCAGUAUUUGUGGAUGCGAACAGUUUUUGCACUUCAUUACAGUUAGCUGAGAAGGGAACGGGACUAGGGCACUUCAGCUCCCUCCCCUUGGCCACUUGGUCCACACCAGGAAGAUGGCUAAUACUUGACCGAUUGUUCUCGUUGGGUUAUUCAGUUCCAUUAAACAACUGUUCCGUAAAGUGUUAGGUUUUUUUUUUUUUUUCUUUUUUUUUCAGUUCUCUUUUUUUUGUUCAUCCUGUAGCCAGCUUGUAUCAGACUACUUUCAGAAUCGAAUUGAAAGAAAAGAACAAUACUCACACUAUCGAUCUGUUAUAGAGUGUAUAUUGUAUUAACACUGAAGCCUGACUGGCUACUUUUUAACAUAUUGUUAAGUAAUAUUAAAAAUCUUGUCUUUCUUUUUUGAAAGAUGGAAUACAGUGGAAUGGCAGGG